UCGGGACGAUGGCACGCACCAAGCAGACAGCGCGGAAGUCGACGGGAGGCAAGGCUCCACGGAAGCAGCUGGCUACGAAGGUGGCUCGCAAGAGUGCACCGGCUACUGGCGGCGUGAAGAAGCCGCACCGCUACCACCCAGGCACGGUGGCACUGCGAGAGAUCCGCCGCUACCAGAAGUCCACCGAGCUGCUGAUUCGCAAGCUGCCAUUCCAGCGCUUGGUGCGAGAGAUUGCCCAAGAUUUCAAGACUGACCUGCGUUUCCAGAGCUCGGCCGUGAUGGCGCUGCAGGAGGCCUGCGAGUCCUACCUCGUUGGGCUAUUCGAAGACACCAACUUGUGUGCCAUCCACGCCAAGCGGGUGACCAUCAUGCCGAAGGAUAUCCAGCUGGCUCGUCGCAUUCGCGGAGAGCGGGCUUAGACCCCGCAGGCUCCUGG